UGAGAUGAAAGCAGAAGGAGUGAAGUUUUGGGGAUGAGUGUGAGGGGGUGAGGAUGUUACCCGGCGGCGCUUUGAUGUUUGGGUAUAAAGGGGUGAUGAGGGUAACGGUGCUGAUUAUCGUUACAUUACUGAUUCAUCAUGUUACUCCCGCGCGCUCUCACUCCGGUACUCCCGCGCUCAGCGCGCGCAGCUGCCUGGUGUGGGGAGCGGGCUUAGAUCCGCACGCGCUGCUUCCGGUCCGGUACUUCUACAUCCAGGCUGUUCAGGGGAGCGGACAGAACAUCACCCACUCACCGGGUAAGAUUCACUCAUUCAUCCACCCACCUACCCAUACACCAACUCACUCACCCACCCACCCACCCAUACAUACAUCACUCACUCACUCACUCAUCUAUCUACAGAACAUCACCCACUCACCGGGAGCAGAUUCGUUCCAGGUGAAGAUCAGCGCUCUGUCCCCAGAGGAGCGAGUCCGUGUUCACCUCCCGCCGCCUCAGGACCGGAACGACGGCUCCUUCAUCGUCAGGUUCAGACUCUACUCCAGCGCCCUCCACGGGCUGAAGGUGGAAGUGUUCCAUAAAAACACGCCGGUGGCUCAGUCGCCCUACAUCCUGACCGGGCCGGUGUACCAUGAGGACUGUGAUUGUCCGUACUCGGACUCGUCUGAUUGGUUGGACGUGAUGAAGUGUCCGAGCGAGGACCCUCAGAUUCAGCAGGACUUUAGUUCGUUUCCCUCCAUCGACCUGCAGAGGGUGAGACAGGAAAUCCCCAAACGCUUCUUUAACCGCGGCGUGAUUCACUACAGCGUCAUCAAUAACCGGCUGUACCGCCGCACGCUGGGGAAGUACACCGACUUCAAAAUGUUCUCCGACGAGAUGCUGCUGUCGCUCAUGCGCAAGGUCCGGGUUCCUGACGUCGAGUUCUUCAUUAACGUUGGCGACUGGCCCUUAGAGACCCGGAAGGUGUCUGACGUUCCCGGCCCGGUACCCAUCGUCUCCUGGUGCGGGUCGGCCGACGCCCGCGACAUCGUCCUGCCCACCUACGACGUCACGCACUCCACCUUAGAGACCAUGAGGGGCGUGUCCAUCGACGUGCUCUCCGUCCAGGGAAACACGGGUCCAGCGUGGCAGAAUAAAAGCGAGCGGGCGUUUUUCCGGGGCCGAGACAGUCGUGAGGAGAGACUGAACCUGGCCUCCAUGUCCAGGAAACACCCGGAUCUCCUGGACGCUGGAAUCACCGCUUACUUCUUCUUCAGAGAGAGAGAAAAAGAUCUGGGUAAAGCGCCGCUCGUGGGAUUCUUCGACUUCUUCAAGUAUAAGUACCAGGUGAACGUGGACGGUACUGUAGCAGCGUACAGGUUCCCGUAUCUGAUGUUGGGGGACAGUUUGGUGUUGAAGCAGGACUCGCCGUAUUACGAACAUUUCUAUACCCACCUGAGCCCAAACCGCCAUUAUAUACCCAUCAAACGCUCGCUGUCUGAUCUCAUCCAGAGGAUCCAGUGGGCAAAGGAGAACGACGGUGAGGUGGAACAGAUCGCUAAAGCUGGUCAGGCCGCGGUCAGAGAACUUCUCCAACCUCACCGACUCUACUGUUAUUAUUACAUGGUGCUCCAGCACUACGCGACCCGACAGCUCACUGACCCCGAAAUUCAUCCCGACAUGGAGGAGGUUCAGCAGCCGUCUGAUCCUGCAGCAGCGUGUGAGUGUCACCGGAGAACCCAACCCAACCGGCCCAGGAGCGACGAGCUCUAGUGGUGGAGGACAUCAGCGGCGCGGGACCCUGACCGGGUCGUUUCCCGUAAGUGUAGCGUCAGACCGCGAGGAUGAGGAACCGUUCCGAGCCUGCGUUCCAUUCCAAAACUACCAACAACCACCAACAGCUGUACCACGGUUAUGGUGCCGUGAUACGACAAUUUAUUCCCUCUAGUUAAUCUCUCAGUUUAAUCAUAUCCACUUCCUCAGUCGACUUCUUUAUUGCUUCUUGACACCAGCCAGCGGUGGAGUCUCACCGAGAGCCGCAGAGUGUACGAGCACACACAGUAAACAAUAAAACAGACUCUGUAGUUGCUGAAUUUUAUAAGGGUACGAACUACAAAUCCCAUAAUGCAUUGCAGAUAUCAAACUAUAUUUUUGAUACGUGCUGCUGUUUUGUAUUUGUCGGACCUCUGUAGUGUGUAUAUGGUUCAAAAGUAUGUGGACACCUGACGUUUCAUUCUAAAUCAGUUAGAAUGAAUGUAGAGUACAGAAACAGGGUGAGAUUUUGGAGUGUGUUUGAGUGAAUUUGUGCUCAUUCAGACAGAAGAGCAGGUGCCAGCUCAUCACCGCUGUUCCUUUAGAAGGUCCGGCUCUCGGUCUGCCUUCUGAUUCAUCUCUGACAUUGAGCAUUAACGUUCCUUUCCUGACAUGUUGCGUAACGUUGAAGGAAAUUGAUUUUCUACGCCGGGUAACAGCGGCUGUGGCUGAAACUCGUGAAGUCCUGUGGUGUCCACAUACUUUUGUCCUUGUGUAUUUUGAAGGAGAAAACAUUCCAGAUGUUCUUUUGUAUUUUUAAAGAAUAAAAAGAGUUCCGGGUGUUUUUAUUUGGACUGAUGUGGAAUAUUUACCUGCUUUAGCUUUUUAGGAAUUAAUAAAAAAGAUUAAACACA